CCCAUGGAGCACCAGUCCAUCAUCGCCCAGGUCAGCAGGGAGGAGGGGAGCGCCCCGCUUCAGGAGAAAGGUACCCAAACCCCUGCCAAGAAGCCUCGGAGCCGCAGCAUUCUCCAGUCCCUCUUCUGCUGCCUGUGCCGCGAUGAGGGAGAGCCCUGCACCGGCACCACCGGCGCGCCGCUCCUCGUGGAGGAGAACGGGGCCCUGCCCAAGGCUGCUGUCAAGCACCUGCUGCCCGAGAUCAAGCCGCAGGACGCCAGCAAGCUCUGCGUAGUCAUCGACCUGGAUGAGACCCUGGUGCACAGCUCUUUCAAGCCAGUGAACAACGCCGACUUCAUCAUUCCCGUGGAAAUCGAUGGCAUCAUGCACCAGGUGUACGUGCUCAAGCGGCCGCAUGUGGACGAGUUCCUGCAGCGCAUGGGCGAGCUCUUUGAGUGCGUGCUCUUCACUGCCAGCCUGGCCAAGUAUGCAGACCCCGUGGCUGAUCUGCUGGAUAAAUGGGGGGCUUUCCGGGCACGGCUUUUCCGGGAAUCCUGUGUUUUCCAUCGCGGCAACUACGUGAAGGACCUGAGCCGCCUGGGCCGCGACCUGCGCCGCAUCAUCAUCGUGGACAACUCGCCCGCAUCCUACAUCUUCCACCCGGACAAUGCUGUGCCCGUGGCCUCCUGGUUUGAUAACAUGGCAGACACGGAGCUGCUGGACCUGCUGCCCUUCUUCGAGAGGCUCAGCAAGGUGGAGGACGUGUACGCAGUGCUCAAGAAGCAGCGGACUAACAGCUAAUGGCCCCCCCACGCUCCGGGUGCUGCCAAGGGCACCGCGGGGGAGCCAGUGCCUUGUUCUGGGGGAGGGAGGGUCCCGGUGUGCCCCCAUCAUCCUCCCCAGCCCCGGCGCGUGCGAUGCCCUCCGUGCCUGUGGCUGGUGGGAGAUGUGGGUGCCUCCCUUCUCAGAGGAGGGGGGCCAUGGGUGACCCACCGCCUUGCUGUGCUGAGGACCUGUUGGGGGGUCCCAUCCUCCCCCACUGUCCAGCUCCUGCCCCUUUCCCCCCCAGCCUGUGUCCCCCCUCCACGAAACGGUUCUCAGGUCCUUUUCCCCUCUGUCCCCCGACUGGGGAGGGGGGUGGGGUCAGCAGCUGCUGCUUUCCACUGCCUUUGGGAGGACUGGAUCCCUCCAUCCCGACUGCCUGCUGGGAGGCUGGCGGCCCUUGGCCCCUGUCUGCCGAGGCUACAGGACAGUAACACCUUGUCACCCUCCGAAAACGCAGGGAGUCUUACUGCCCUUGGUGCAUAGGGCUGCCACCAAACCC